UUCGUUUUCCUAUCCAUGGACGCUGACUGGAUGAUCACCGCCUACACACUGCCCACUUGUUCAGGUGACAGCCUCAACAAACCGCCCCCUUCCCCUUGGAGAUGUUGGUGCCUGUGGAUGACAGCAGACCUAGAGGACCGAGGAAAGUGUUUGAACGGCUCUUAUACAAAGUAUAAAAGAAAACGGGCUCAGCUGUUUUCAGGUCGGCUACUUAUUGCUUCGUGCCAAGGUCUAGUGGAAGUGCCUUAGCUACGCCUCGGUCAUUUUAAGCCCCGAAGCUUACUUAACCGAGCGAGGAGGAAGGCGACGGACAAAGCGAACCCAGGUCUGAACUCAAUUCAGAACCGGCUUUUUUGUUCUCCAGUGACACUAUCGACACCACCUGGAUGCAAUGACCGACUCGGUGGUGGACAGCAAGGCAGAGGUUAAACAAGCCACGAAAUAUGUCAAAGAGACUGAAAACGUUGCGGAAAAAUAUUCAGUGAUGACUGUUAGCAAAAACAGCAGCGAUGUGAAUAUGAACGUUGGGGAAAUGCCUUCCGCAGCCUUCACCGCAGUCCCCACUCUGAAAUCCAUCAAGAAGAUCCAGUUUGUGAAUGCAGAGGACAAACAGGAAUUCAGCAAGUACCCUACCAAGGCGGGCCGCCGCUCACUCUCGCGCUCCAUCUCGCAGUCCUCCACAGACAGCUACAGCUCAGCUGCGUCCUACACUGACAGCUCCGAUGAUGAAACCUCCCCCCGGGACAAAACCCAGGUCAACAGUCAGGGCAGCAGUGACUUCUGUGUGAAGAACAUUAAGCAGGCUGAAUUUGGCCGCCGAGAAAUUGAAAUUGCAGAACAAGACAUGUCUGCCCUGAUCUCCUUGAGGAAGAGAGCCCAGGGGGAGAAGCCACUGGCUGGGGCGAAGAUAGUAGGCUGUACCCAUAUCACUGCUCAGACAGCGGUCCUGAUUGAAACCCUGGUAGCCCUUGGGGCCCAGUGUCGCUGGACUGCCUGUAACAUCUACUCCACUCAGAAUGAGGUGGCUGCUGCUCUCGCUGAGAUAGGGGUACCUGUGUUUGCAUGGAAGGGUGAGACAGAGGAUGACUUCUGGUGGUGCAUCGAUAGCUGUGUCAACACUGAUGGCUGGCAGACCAACAUGAUCCUGGAUGAUGGCGGAGACUUAACUCACUGGGUGUACAAGAAGUAUCCCAGUGUCUUCAAGAAAGUGCGGGGCAUUGUAGAGGAGAGUGUCACUGGGGUGCACAGACUGUACCAGUUGUCUAAGGCUGGCAAGCUGAGUGUCCCUGCCAUGAACGUGAAUGACUCCGUCACCAAGCAGAAAUUUGACAACCUUUACUGCUGCCGUGAAUCAAUCCUGGAUGGGUUGAAGAGGACCACAGAUAUAAUGUUUGGAGGCAAACAAGUCGUUGUGUGUGGUUAUGGAGAGGUGGGGAAAGGCUGCUGUACUGCUCUUAAGGCCCUUGGAGCUAUUGUGUGCAUCACAGAGAUUGACCCCAUCUGUGCCCUGCAGGCUUGCAUGGAUGGUUUCCGAGUGGUCAAGCUGAGCGAGGUCAUCCGGCAGAUGGACGUGGUGAUAACUUGCACUGGCAACAAGAAUGUUGUUACCAGAGAACAGCUCGACCGAAUGAAGAAUGGCUGCAUUGUCUGCAAUAUGGGGCACUCCAAUACGGAGAUUGAUGUGGCGAGUCUGCGCAGCCCUGAGUUGACCUGGGAGAGGGUUCGCUCUCAGGUUGACCACAUCAUCUGGCCUGAUGGAAAGAGGGUUGUUCUGCUGGCAGAGGGUCGCCUCUUAAAUCUGAGCUGCUCCACAGUGCCUACAUUUGUGUUGUCCAUCACAGCCACAACUCAGGCCCUGGCCCUGAUUGAGCUGUUCAAUGCUCCAGAGGGACGUUAUAAACAGGAUGUGUAUCUUCUGCCCAAGAAGAUGGAUGAGUAUGUGGCCAGUUUGCACCUUCCAAACUUUGAUGCACACCUGACAGAGCUGUCGGAUGAGCAGGCCAAGUACAUGGGCCUCAAUAAGAAUGGCCCCUUCAAACCUAAUUAUUACAGGUAUUAACAAGAGUGUCUGGUAUCAACACACUGUUGCCCUGGGAUAAAUAGAGAUAUCUGUUUUAUUUUCUAAAUUGUUACAAAAUGGAGGAAUUAUUUUACCUAUCCUGAAUGUAACUUAUUAAUAGCUCUUCAGACAUAGUGUUAAUUAUCAAAACUAAGACUUGUAAACGUGUAACCAACUAACAUUUUACGUCUUGCAUGUGUUCAUGUGUAUGUUCUUAUUUAGUUGCUACUGCUUAUGUUUAUUUGUAUACCCUGUUCACGCACAGUGUCAAAUGAUGGCCAUAAGUGUGGAACACAAGAUACCAUUUAUGUUUUGUCUGUCAAAUAGCAUUAAGGUUUGAUAAGAAGAUUACACAAGCCAGAGUUUAGGUUGAGCCAUAACGAACUCUGUAUUAAAUGUACAUUAUUUGGUUUGUUUUAUUUGUAUUAAAUAAUCUCAUUGAAUGGUAUCUGCAUACAUGACCUAAAAGGUAACAUCCAGGGAUGCCUUUUAUUACAGCAAAAUAACCAGUUUAAACUCCUGACUCAUUUUGUUCACAUUCAACAUCCUGUCCCUGAACAAAGUAAUGUUUAAUAUGCUAACAACAGAUUCUGAUGUUUUGUUAUGUCUCAGAUUAUGUUAAAGAUAACAGGUUUUAUACAUUCCCAGAGAAGAGUGAGAAGGGGCUCUUAAAGCAUUUUCACAUUACUAUAAAUUCCCUCAUUCCAUGCCAAGUUUCCAUUUGCUCACUCAAAUUCCAGCUGAGCUUUGUCUCGCUGAGGAGUAUUUUGACUGGACGGUACCUUUAAGGCCAUGGUAUGAAUGUGCCUUUUAAGUCAUUUUCAUCAAUUAUAUCAGCACUGACCUUAAUAAAAUGAGCAUUCCUUUUGGAAAAAAACCCUGCAUCUGUUACUGGUACAUUUGAAUGUCUUUCUUCCUAUGCUUCUGGUAGUAUGUGUACAGUAACUAUAAUGUAUGAGCUGUAUGUCGAUAAAAAUAUUAGACUUCAUCUUUGCCAUUUGCUUGUAACCAUCUUAAUUUGAUCCAGUGGUUGACCAUAUUUCAUGUGAUUAAAUCGUGUAUACUCUGUAUUAAAAAGAAUGCAUUUAAUCAGCAAUAAAGCAGAGAAAACAGAGAUUAACUUUAUACCCAGAAAA